ACGUCCGCGUUCCAUUGCGCGUGCGUACUGGUGGCUCCCAACAUGGCGGAGAGACAGUGAAGAUAGACGCGAGAUCGUAAAAACACAAGUACAACCAUGAGCAAAAAUACCUAGCUAGCAUCACGCUUGCACUAAACAUGCCUUAUUCCUUCAAGGGGUUGACUUUUGGGAGUUUCUCAGUUGACGAGUCGGAAGAACUAUUUGGUGCUAGCGCACAAAGACGCAGUUCUAAGCCGCCAGUGGAGUUUCUGUUCGAAUACGAGGUUGACGAACAAGGAUGCGAAAACAGCGAGGAGGGAGCUAGUAGAGAGGGCAGCAUCAAGAAUGUUCCCAACGGUCCUGAUGAUUCAGGUGUGGAAGUUGGACUUGAAAGCGAACAGGAAUGUCAGCCAAGCAGCAGCAGCCAUUCCCUUUUCUCUCCAGAGGAAAAGGGGGAGGCCUGCAGGAAGGGAAAGGAUAGUGGCGCAGACAUCUCUUUUGGAGUAGCCAGUCUGGUGGAAGACAACGAGAAGCUUGCACCAAAUCAUAGCCCAACUUCCCCUCAAGAUGGAGAGUUGCUGGAUGGUGACCGGUCUAAAAGGCGACGACGAAAGAGGAAGCAGCAUCAGCGGUCAGGUGAUGUGCCCUGCUCCUCCAGUGAUGACAGUGAUCGUGACAGAAGCCCCGCCCCCGAGAGGAUGACUCGUGGCCGUAGCGGCAGUGGUGUUGUGUUGUCAGAGAGUAAAAUGGCGGCUGACAUGAAGAAUUCUAAUGCAGAGAGCAGUGGAAGUAAUGACUCCAAGAGCACAGAAUCUCCCCUAAGCCCUUCCCAGAGUGACGCUGACAACACCUCCCCCCUGAAGGCAUCAACCCCAGAGGAUAAAGGCACCAACAAACCUACUACUGAGGAAAAGCCUGCCCCUGCCAAGUCCACCUGGGCUGACUUGUUCAGGGGGGUGCCAAAACCCACUCCUCCAGUUGCAGCGCUGCCUCCCAAACCCAAAGUUGUGGCUACUCCCCCCCUUGAAACCAAAAAGAUUGAAGAUCCUGCCCUUGCUGUUGUUUCUGUUGGAGAAGACAAGGCUGCACAACAAAUUGCAGAAAUGCUGAACAAAGCCAGUCUGGAUAAUGAGUCUAAGCCCUUGUUAUUAAGAGGGCUAGUAAACAAAGCCAACUGGUGCUACAUCAAUGCUACACUACAGGCCUUGCUUGUCUGUCCCCCAUUCUUCAAUCUAAUGCGGCAAGUUGAGUUGAUCCCUGAAAGAGAAGCUUCAACAUCUACUCCAAUCCUGGACUCAAUGGUGAAAUUUUGCCACGAAUUCAACAUCACACCCAAACAAGCAAACACUGGGAAGACCCCCAAGUCAGAUUUCCGGACAGGACCCAACUUGGAACCCUCUUACAUAGGGAAGAUGCUGGCUACCAUAGAAAGCACACUGUCUGCAAAGGGACAUCAAGAAGAUGCGGAGGAGUUUCUUAGUUGUUUGCUUAACGGCAUCCAUGAAGAAAUGAUAGUCCUCUCCAAGCUGGAUCCACCCCUACCCAAGCCAGAGUCCCACGAGAGCUCAGAGGGUGUGCAAGAUGACCUAAAUAUAGUAGCUGUGGAGGGGCAGACCAUGGAUAAGGAGGAGGAGGAUGCUGGCGACUGGGAGCAAGUGGGACCAAGGAACAAGUCCAGUAUUACUAGGGUGGCUUCAUUCCCUUCAUCCCUCAUAUCUGACAUCUUCGGUGGUUGUCUUCGCUCAUCCGUCCACCAGACAGGUGCCAAGGAGUCGGCAAAUGUUGAGCCUUUUUUCUGUUUGCAGCUUGACAUACAGAAUGUUUCCUGCAUAGAAGAUGCCCUGAAUCACUUGACAGUGAAGGAAGAGCUCCAAGGUUUCACGUGCUCCAAGACCAAUGCACAGAUUGAUGUGUCUCGCCGUGUGAGUUUUGAGGUGCUUCCUAAAGUUCUCAUCUUGCACCUGAAGAGAUUUAUUUACUCAAAGAACGGAAGUCAGAAACUCCAGAAGCAUGUGGACUACCCCCUAGAGCUUGUGAUUGGAAGAGAACUUUUGUCUCCAAACGUCAAAGGGAAAUACACUUUGCCAAAGAAGACAUACAAGCUAUGUGCAGUUGUGUAUCACCAUGGGAAGAUAUCAUCUGGUGGUCACUACACGGCGGACAUACUCCACCCCACCCAUGGAUGGGUGCACACAGACGACACUAAGCUCAAGCUAGUCUCCUCUAGUUUUGUCCUCAAACCUUCUCCAUCCAAGAACCCAUACCUGCUAUACUAUCGCAGGGCAGAUCAGAUUAUGAAAUGAGAUGGUUUACAUCAAGUGGUCAUGAAUAGAUUCGUCUUGACGAAGUUAAUAGAAGUAUUUUGAUAGGUGGUGUAGUCUUCAAUAGUUGCAUGAUUUUUAGUCAUCUUCAUCAGGGCAUCAUCUGGCCAUGAUGAAAUCAUUACUAUUACACUAGAGGAAAUCAUUGUCGUCAUGCCAUUAUAUGGCCUUAAGAGAAACAUGACGAUAUCCUCAUUGUAUUAUCUGUCAUUGGGAGAACCAUGACAUCAACUGAACUUAACAGAAUCAGUCAUCAUGACAUUAUCUGAUCUUGAGGAAAUCAUUGUCAUCAUUUGACCUUGAGAAAAUCACUGUUAUCAUGGCAUCAUAUGACCUUGAAGCUCAGGUGAAUUUCUGUCAUCAUCUGAACUUCUAAAAUUGCAUGACAUCACCUGUACUGUUUGGAAUCAUUGUCAUCAUCUCUCCUUCAUGGAAUAACUGUCAUCAUCUGA